AUGUGGCGGCGCGGUUUGGUCCACCCGAGAGACGCCGAGGCGUGGAAAACCGCCUUCAUCGACAUUGAGGGUGGUGGCCAAGGACAGCUUGUUGUUUCGGCGGCAGAUGAUACCUGGCGAGUGAUCCUCUGCUGGGCAUCAGCUGGCAGGAGGAUCGAAGUCGAUCCCCGAGGCAUCCCGUUCUCUCUCGUGGACCUUCAGGGUUCGCCUGUACAAAACAAGAACGCUCUUGACGGCGGGAACUACUUCCGCAACCUGUAUUCGAUCCUGCUGGAGCGAGACAUCGGGGAAGAAGAGUUCGACACAUGGGUUUCGGGGGAUACCAAACCACCUCCACUGACGUUACGCCAUCUCCACAAAUGGCUCAAUACGAACAAGGCUAACGUCGUUGUGUGGUCACACAGGGGCACUGGCGCCGAUGUUGCUGGGCCAUCUGACGAGAAAACGAAUCUCCGACCGCCCACAUUGCACGUUGGGGUUCGUGAGGGACACGUUUACCGGCUGGUGCUCGUGGGGCCUUGGAGGGAGCGGUUUGGAUCACCUAUAGACGUGACCAUCGAAAACGGCAUUCGAACCCACCGUAGAUUCCGUCGAAUUGCCGAGACGACCGAAGAGGAAGAGGAACCGGAUAGGACUGGUUGUGGAACCAAGACAUUCUCGUGUGUCGCUGACAUUGUGAGUGACAUCCUGGCCAACAAUCAAACAGAGGAGGAAGACCACCACCAAGAGAUGGCGCAGAAAAAGCGGAAGCGUGAAAAAGCAUCAGAGCCUACGACGUGGUACGCACCGCCGGGAACGGCUCUUGACGAACUGAUGCUCCACCUGCACCUCGUUGGAGUCUCUUGCAGCGGUAGGCUUUCCAACUACAGCCACUGGGACUCCCUGUCGUUACCGGCACACGGUAUAACCAUCCGAACCUGGUGCAGUGCGAGCAUGGGCGGGCUCGACCCUGAUGAGUUCGAGCCCGACCAGGCGACAAGAUUGAUCGAGCUGCAUAAUGCGCUGGGUCUAAAGUUCUACCGUGGUGUUUUGGAUUUUCGAGUGUCGAGCCAGUACAGCCAGUCUCUUCUCGCCCUCCUUGAGGUAUGCUGGCGAGGGCCUAUCGUCGGGGCGGAGGACGUGUCCGGGAGUUCAUACGGGAGGGAAGACUGGCAGUGUGACAUCAACGGGGCACACACGGCGGCUCUGAUGAACAUGGAGACGGUGCCCGUUUUCGGCCACAUGGACGAAGUGGAGGAGUUCGAUGGACACGAUAUUGAGGAUUGGACCCUGUACAUUAUAGAAUUGGAUGCACUCGACGAGCCAGACGUUUUCCUGAACGCGGAUGUGACGCCAGUCUUCGGUCGAAACUAUAAGCGAUACCUCGACCUCAUCGACACCGCGCCUCGUCAUAGAGUCACCCACUUCGUGCGGCCCUCUAGGACCGUCGGCAGGUGCCACAUUCCCACCCUGGUGAGAGACCUGCUCGAGCAUGAGCUGGCUGAUUCACUCCUCGAGGAUGCCGACUGUGCACGCAAGUUCAAGAAAGGGAUAUUCGUGCGAGCCAGCGGCAUGUUGCAGCAGAGAUACGCAAACAGGAUAGAUGCCGUCAUGGUCACGAGCUGUGACGAGGCUUCGGCUGUGGGUGGAAAAGUCGUCCCUGUCCUGUGCGAGGUCGAUCGCGCGAAGGCCGAGCUUCGGACGGGACAAGGGGAGUUUGGAAUCGAGGCACUUCGCACCGGUGAUGCAUACCUUUGUUUCGACGCAGAACGGACUUGGUAUAGAGAUGGCUUCUGGGCGUUAGGUGCGCUCAUUCUCGACGAAACGCGAUUGCGAGUGUUGGAGGCGAGGAACGCUCUCGAAUCGUGCGGCGCGUCCGACUUUAGUUACCAGUGUGACGCAGUCUUCUUCAGGGGACCUUGCUCGGUUCGGGAGGAGAUGAGACUCUGCUUCGGCCAUUUGUUUAGCGGCGACAAAAAAACUCCGGCACUCUCAAGUUCGAACCAGCCUUAA